GCCGCCCGAGGACUCUGGGACUACGCCGAGGCCGAACUUUUAGGUCCUACUGAACGAGGCCCGCGGGCCGGGUGGGGGGCUGGCUGCGGCACUCCCGCGGAGGAUGGAUGGCCGAGACUUCGGGCCUCCGCGGUCCGUGCACGGCCCCCCGCCGCCGCUGCUGUCCGGCCUGGCUAUGGACAGCCACCGCGCGGGCACUGCCGCGGCCGGACGCCUGCCCGCUUCAGGCUUGCCCGGCCCGCUGCCGCCCGGGAAGUACAUGGCCGGCCUCAAUCUCCACCCGCACCCGGGCGAGGCCUUCUUGGGCAGCUUUGUGGCCAGCGGGAUGGGGCCCUCAGCCUCGUCCCAUGGGAGCCCCGUGCCCCUGCCCUCUGACCUCUCCUUCCGCUCCCCUACCCCCAGCAACCUGCCUAUGGUGCAGCUGUGGGCUGCUCAUGCCCAUGAAGGCUUCUCCCAUCUGCCCAGUGGGCUCUACCCAUCCUACCUCCACCUGAACCACCUGGAGCCCCCCAGCAGCGGGAGCCCCCUCCUCAGCCAGCUGGGCCAGCCCAGCAUUUUCGAUACCCAGAAAGACGGAUUCUACCUGCCCGCGCCGGGGGCUCCGGGAGCCUUGCACUCUCACGCGCCCUCCUCCAGGACCCCGGGCGGCCACUCCUCCGGCGCCCCGGCCAAGGGCUCUUCUCGAGAAGGUCCCGCCAAGGAGCGGGCGGGGCGCGGCGGGGAGCCGCCCCCGCUGUUCGGCAAGAAGGACCCGCGGGCCCGCGAGGAGGCGGCGGGACCCCGCGGCGUGGUGGACCUGACCCAGGAGGCGCGGGGAGAGGGCCGCCAGGACCGCGGGGCCCGCCUGCCGCACCCCGGGGGCCCUGCGGCGGGCGGAGGCCGGCAGCUGAAGCGGGACCCGGAGAGGCCCGAGAGCGCCAAGGCCUUCGGGCGCGAGGGCUCGGGCGCCCAGGGGGAGGCGGAAGUGCGACACCCACCCGUGGGCAUUGCGGUGGCCGUGGCCCGGCAGAAGGACAGUGGCGGCAGUGGCCGGCUGGGGCCUGGACUAGCAGACCAGGAGCGCUCCCUGUCGCUGAGCAACGUCAAAGGGCAUGGUCGAGCUGAUGAUGACUGUGGGGACGAAAGGGCCAGGCACCGGGAGGAGCGACUACUGGGGGCGCGGCUGGACCGAGACCAGGAGAAGCUGUUGCGAGAGAGCAAGGAGCUGGCCGACCUGGCUCGCUUGCACCCCACCAGCUGUGCUGCUAAUGGCCUGAACCCCAACCUCAUGGUGACUGGUGGUCCAUCGCUGGCAGGCUCAGGGCGCUGGUCCGCCGACCCCGCAGCCCACCUGGCCACUCACCCCUGGCUGCCCCGCUCGGGCAGCACGUCCAUGUGGCUUGCUGGACACCCCUACGGCUUGGGCCCCCCACCUCUGCACCAGAGCAUGGCCCCUGCCUUCCCGCCUGGCCUGGGGGGCUCCCUGCCGUCGGCAUACCAGUUCGUCAGGGACCCCCAGUCAGGCCAGCUUGUGGUCAUUCCCAGCGAUCACCUGCCUCACUUUGCAGAGCUGAUGGAGCGGACCACGGCGCCACCCCUCUGGGCCGCCCUGUACCCUCCGGGCCGCGGCGCCCUGCACCAUGCACAGCAGCUGCAGCUCUUCUCCCAGCAGCGCCUCCUGCGGCAGCAUGAGCUCCUGUACCUGCAGCAGCAGGCUGCCCAGGCCCUCGAGCUGCAGAGGAGCGCACAGCUGGUGCAGGAGCGGCUGAAGGCCCAGGAGCAUCGGGUGGAGAUGGAGGAGAAGGUGAGCAAGAGGAGCCUGGAGGCCACGGGCAAGGCCGGCCUGUCCACCUCGGGUCCUGGGCUGCUGCCCCGGAAGCCACCUGGCCUGGCCGCUGGCCCCGCAGGCACCUACGGCAAGGCCAUGAGCCCGCCGCCAUCUCCUCGAGCUUCCCCGGUGGCUGCCCUGAAGGCCAAGGUCAUCCAGAAGCUGGAGGAUGUGACCAAGGCACCCACCUAUGCCUACCCCGCCACACCCAGCUCCCACCCCAGCAGCCCGCCGCCCGCCUCCCCGCCACCCACUCCUGGUGUCACCCGCAAGGAGGAGGCACCUGAGAAUGUCGUCGAGAAGAAGGACUUGGAGUUGGAGAAGGAAACUCCCAGCCCCUUCCAGGCCUUGUUCUCAGGUAUCCCACCCAGGUACCCGUUCCAGGCCCUGCCGCCACACUAUGGGAGGCCCUACCCAUUCCUGCUGCAGCCCACGGCCGCGUCUGAUGCCGAUGGCCUGGCUCCCGAUGUGCCGCUCCCGGCCGAUGGGCCCGAACGCCUGGCGCUCUCGCCUGAGGACAAGCCCAUCUGCCUGUCCCCCUCCAAGAUCCCAGAGCCAUUGAGGGAGGGCCCCGACGGAGAGCCGCUGGCCGAAAGGGAGGUGAAGGCAGAGGUGGAGGACAUGGACGAAGGCCCCACGGAGCUGCCCUCCCUGGAGUCGCCUUUGACGCUGCCCCUCGAUGAAGCGCUGGCAGCCCAGAGCCCUGCGGCCGGCUGCGCAGGUGCCCUGCUGGAGGCCCAGGCCCUGAGCGCCAGUGGGAAGGGGGGCGCAGAGGCCCCUGGGUGUCCGGACUUCACGGAGGGGGCCGAAGCACGGGUUGACUCACCUGGCCGGACAGAGUCGUGUGCGGUGGCCCCGGAUCUGGGGGCGCGGCUGACCCCAGAGACACUGGUUGAGGCCAAGGAAGAGCCAGUGGAGGUGCCCCUCGACGUACCCAUGGCGGUGCCUGUGGCAGAGGCGGCGCCCGAGGAGGGUCUAGCCCAGGCGGCCCCCAGCGAGCCCCGGCCCAGCCUGGAGUUAGCAGAUUGUGACAUGCCUGCCGGGGAUAGAGAGGGCCUGAGCCUGGAGGCCCAGGAGGCUGCGCCUGUGUCCAGCGGCACCUGCUUCCUGGAGGAGGAUGGCUCUGACCCAUUUGUGCCAGGCCUGGAGGACCCGCUGGCUGGCAUGAAUGCCCUGGCGGCCGCUGCCGAGCUACCCCAAGCCAGACCUCUGCCAUCCCCGGGCCCUGGAGCGCAGGCCCUGGAGAAGCUGGAGGCGGCGCAGAGCCUGGUCCUGGAGCAGAGUUUCCUGCAUGGCAUCACCCUGCUGAGCGAGAUCGCGGAGCUGGAGCUGGAGAAGCGGAGCCAGGACGGGGGAGGUGCAGAGCAGGGCCUGGUGGUGCGGCCCUCGCUGGAGAGCCUGCUGGCGGCCAGCAGCCACAUGCUGAAGGAGGUGCUGGACAGUCCCUUCGUGGACCCGCUCAAGAACCUGCGGCUUCCACGGGAGCUGAACCCCAACAAAAAGUACAGCUGGAUGCAGAAGAAGGAGGAGCGGAUGUAUGCUAUGAAGUCCUCCUUGGAAAGCAUGGAUGCCAUGGAGCUGGACUUCCGGAUGCGGCUGGCUGAGGUCCAGCGGCGGUACAAGGAGAAGCAGCGGGAGCUGGUGAAGCUGCAGAGACGCCGCGACUCCGAGGACAGGCGCGAGGAAUCCCAUAGAAGCUUGGCACGCAGAGGCCCUGGCAGGCCGAGGAAACGGACCCACGCCCUGAGCGCCCUGUCGCCCCCCCGCAAGAGAGGGAAGAGCCGCAACAGUAGCGGAAAGCUGAGCAGCAAGCCCCUGCUGACGUCAGAUGAGUACGAGCUCGGAGCAGGGAUGAGGAAGAGACACAAGGGACCUGAGGAGGAACAUGAUGCCCUGGUUGGAACAGGGAAAGCUAGGGGCAGGAACCAGCCUUGGGACGAGCACGAAGCCUCAUCAGACUUCAUGAGCCAGCUAAAGAUUAAAAAGAAGAAGAUGGCCAGUGACCAGGAACAGCUGGCAAGCAAGCUGGACAAGGCACUCUCCCUCACGAAGCAGGACAAGUUGAAGUCGCCCUUUAAGUUCUCGGACAGUUCUGGGGGGAAGUCCAAAGCAAGUGGGGGCUGCGGCAGGUACUUGACGCCCUAUGACAGCCUGCUGGGCAAGGACCGGAAGGCGCUGGCCAAAGGCCUCAGCCUCUCUCUCAAGGCCUCCAGAGAAGGUAAACACAAAAGGGCCGCCAAAGCCAGGAAGAUGGAGGUGGGCUUCAAGGCCAGAGGCCAGCCCAAGUCAGCCCACUCCCCGUUCGCCUCGGAAGUGAGCAGCUACUCCUACAAUACGGACUCAGAGGAAGAUGAAGAAUUCUUGAAGGAUGAGUGGCCUGCCCAAGGCCCGUCCAGCUCCAAGCUGACAUCUUCCAUCCUGGGCAGCAUGGUGGCAAAGAACAGCAAGCCGGCCGGGGGCCCCAAGAUGAGCAAGAGGGGCCUGGUGGCCGCGAGGACUCUCAAACCCAAGCCGGCCACCGGUAGGAAGCAGCCCUUUUGUUUGCUGCUUCAAGAGGUCGAGGCCCGUUCCUCCUUCAGCGAUUCUUCGGAGGACUCAGUUGACCAAGAUGAGAGCUCCGAGGAGGAGGACGAGGAGGAGGAGCUGGAGGAGGAGGAGGACGAGGCCGGCAGCGGCUAUAGGCUGGGGGCCCGGGAGCGGGCCCUGUCGCCAGGCCUGGAGGAGAGCGGGCUGGGCCUGCUGGCCCGCUUUGCAGCCAGCGCCCUCCCCAGCCCCACCGUGGGGCCAUCCCUAUCGGUGGUGCAGCUGGAGGCCAAGCAGAAGGCCCGGAAGAAGGAAGAGCGGCAGAACCUGAUGGGCACGGAGUUCGAGUACACUGACUCGGAGAGUGAGGUCAAGGUGCGGAAGCGGUCGCCAGCCGGGCUGCUGCGGCCCAAGAAGGGACUGGGGGAGGCAGGCCCCUCCCUGGCCACGCCUGCACCCAGUGCCCGCGGCCCCGGUCCCACCAGCCCCGACAAGGCCCAGCUGGCGGCAGAGAAAGGGCGCAAGGCCCGCAAGCUGCGAGGCGCCAAGGAGCCUGGCUUCGAGGCGGGGCCCGAGGCCAGCGACGACGACCUGUGGACAAGGCGGCGCAGCGAGCGCAUCUUCCUGCACGACGCCUCGGCCGCCGCCCCGGCGCCCAGCAGCGUGGCCCCCGCAGCCACCAAGCCCAGCCGCUGCAGCAGGGGCGGCCCACUGAGCCCUCGGAAGGACACCAGCCGCGCCAAGGACAGGAAGGACCCCAGGAAGAAGAAGAAGGGGAAGGAGGCCGGCUCAGGAGGGGCAGCGCUGCCCCCACCCCGUGUUCCCGCCUUGCCCUCUGAGGCCCGGGCGCCCCACACCAGCUCCCCAGCCACUGCCAAGAGGAGCAAGGCCAAGGCCAAAGGGAAGGAGGUAAAGAAGGAGAACCGGGGCAAGGGGGGAGCCGUGAGCAAGCUGAUGGAGAGCAUGGCUGCAGAGGAGGACUUUGAGCCCAACCAGGACUCCAGCUUCUCCGAGGAUGAGCACCUGCCACGUGGUGGGGCUGUGGAGCGGCCACUAACUCCAGCCCCGCGCUCCUGCGUCAUCGACAAGGAUGAGCUGAAAGAUGGCCUGCGUGUGCUCAUCCCCAUGGAUGACAAGCUACUGUACGCGGGGCAUGUGCAGACGGUGCAUUCGCCGGACAUAUACCGGGUGGUGGUGGAGGGCGAGCGCGGGAACCGGCCCCACAUCUACUGUCUGGAGCAACUGCUGCAGGAGGCGAUCAACGACGUGAGGCCGGCCUCCACGCGCUUCUUGCCACAGGGGACCAGGAUCGCAGCCUACUGGAGCCAGCAGUACCGCUGCCUCUACCCGGGCACUGUGGUCCGAGGCUUGCUAGGCCUUGAGGACGACGGGGACCUGAUUACAGUGGAGUUCGAUGACGGGGACACAGGGAGGAUCCCCCUCUCCCACAUCCGCCUCCUGCCUCCCGACUAUAAGAUCCAGUGUGCGGAGCCGUCCCCAGCCCUCCUGGUGCCAAGUGCCAAGCGCCGCAGCCGGAAGACCAGCAAAGACACCGGGGACAACAAAGAUGGGAGCACGCCAGGGUCUGAGGAGCCCGGUGCCAAAGCACGAGGGCGUGGGCGGAAACCCAGCACCAAAGCCAAGAGUGAUAGAGCUGCCGUCCUGGAGGAGGGGGGCCCAACAGAUGAGGUACCCAGUACCCCACUGGCCCUAGAGCCCAUCAGCACCCCAAGCUCCAAGAAGAGCCCCCCAGAGCCCAUGGACAAGAGGGCCAAAGCCCCCAAGGCUCGCCCAGCAGCCCCACAGGCCAGCCCGGCCCCAUCCACCUUCACCAGCUGCCCGGCUCCUGAGCCCUUUGGGGAGCUGCCGGCCCCUGCUGCGGUCCUGGCCCCUGCCCCUCUUGUCACCAUGCCCAUCGCCAUGCCCGCCACCCGCCCCAAGCCCAAGAAGGCCCGGGCUGCUGAAGAGGCAGCUGCCAAGGGCUCCCGGAGGCCCGGGGAGGAGGCCGAGCUGCUCGUCAAGCUGGACCAUGAGGGUGUGACGUCGCCCAAAAGCAAGAAGGCCAAAGAGGCCCUGCUUCUGCGGGAGGACCCAGGGGCUGGGGCCUGGCAGGAGCCCAAGGGCCUCCUGGGCCUGGGCAGCUACGCACCGGCCACAGGCAGCAGCGAGCCCAAGGCCGCCCGGCCCAAGUCCGGGGACGGAGACCUGGCCCAGGAGCCCAGGGCUGGGCUCGAGUUCGAGGACUCGGGUGACCCCAAGAGCCCGGACAAGGCCCAGGCCGAGCAAGACGGGGCCGAGGAGUCGGAGAGCGGCGGCAGCAGCAGCAGCGACAGUGGCAGCAGCAGUAGCAGCUCAGAGACCGAGGGGGAGGAGGAGGGCCAGGGCGGCGGCGGUGGCAGGAACUGUAGCGCCUCCAGCUCCAGGGCAUCCUCCUCCUCCUCCUCCUCCUCCUCCUCAUCUUCCUCCUCCUCCUCUUCCUCCUCCUCGUCUUCCUCCUCCAGCGGUGAAGAAGCCCCCCCCCCCCCGGCCCCCGUUCGAACAAGCAAGGGGAUUCCUCCCACCCCACUCUCUGCGGAACCCCGGAGUGUGGGGACCGGCCCAGGGCUCCCUGACAUGCAUGUCCCACAGCGCCGCGGAAUGAAGGGCAAGGCCCGCAAGCUGUUCUACAAGGCCAUUGUGCGCGGCAAGGAGAUGAUCCGCAUCGGGGACUGCGCCGUGUUCCUGUCGGCUGGCCGCCCCAACCUGCCCUACAUCGGCCGCAUCCAGAGCAUGUGGGAGUCCUGGGGCAGCAACAUGGUGGUGCGUGUCAAGUGGUUCUACCACCCCGAGGAGACCAGCCCGGGCAAGCGCCUCCACGAGGGCCAGCACUGGGACCAGAAGUCUGGCCGCAGCCUCCCCGCGGCCCUGCGGGCCUCCAGCCAGAGGAAGGACUUCAUGGAGCGCGCCCUGUACCAGUCCUCGCACGUGGACGAGAACGACGUGCAGACCGUGUCGCACAAGUGCCUGGUGGUGGGCCUGGAGCAGUACGAGCAGAUGCUCAAGACCAAGAAGUACCAGGACAGCGAGGGUCUGUACUACCUCGCGGGCACCUAUGAGCCCACCACGGGCAUGAUCUUCUCCACCGACGGUGUGCCUGUGCUCUGCUGAGCGCCCAGCGCCCUGCCAGCUGCCUUGUGCCCUAAGGGCCGGCCAACAGGGGCCCCUCGCCAUCACUGCCACGUCUCGGGGACCACGUGCAUGCAAGUGUGCCCUUGGAUGCCCUGGCGUGCGUGUGUACAUGUGUGUGCCUGUAUGCAUGCACGUGUGUGCACACAUGUGCACACGUCUCCGGCCCCCCUUUGUGCCCCCGAGUGCCCCCCAAGACAGGGUUCCUCUCAGCUAUCAGGGUAUGGCUCUGCCAGGGCCCCCAUCAGGGCCCCCCCUCCAGCACCUUGUAAGCACUGGGCCCGGCCAGGCCUCCGGCCCUCAGGCGCCUUCAGCCGUGGCCCAGGGGGGAUUCAGUGGGGAGGAGGUUUCCAGGGAACCAAACUGACAUUCGUUCUGGGGUUCCCACUGCUCGUGGGUUCGACUCUUAGUGCCCGAGUCCCCCCUCAGCACGGAGCCCACUCCCAGCCUCCUGCCGUGAGACAGGAAGUGGCCGGAUGCCUGCCAGCCUCAGCGAUCAGGCCAGGCCUGCUCUGGGCACGGGCCGGGGUGCCCGGCCUCCGCCCACUCAGGACGGCCUGGAGCGCGAGAGCCAGCUGAGGGUGGAGCCCGGGCGCAACAGCCAGGUGCCAGGCGGAGGGGGCUGCUUGCCCCGAGGGCCCCUCCUCCUGGUCCAGCCCCUUACACUACAGACAACCCCAAUGGUGCUGAAAUCCUCGUCCCGGCCGCGCCCGGCCCUCCUGCCCUGGCCUCGGCCAGCCCGGAGGGAGACGGCACUUGGUAAACUGUACAGUUUUAUUGUACCAAGAGACUCUCCUUGCCCCUGUAUCAUACGCCUUUAAAUGGAGUCAACUUUUUAAUUAUAUAUAUAAAGAUAAAUAUAUAUAAAUAUAUAUAAAUAUAAACUUUUUAAAA